ACGUUUUUAGCGUUAUGUUCCAAAUGUUUGGAGUUGGUCUGGUUUCAACGCAGCGCUUCUGAACCGCAAUAACGGGGUUGCAAGCUUUAAGACGCCCAGCAGACAAAGCGACAUUUCUGGGCAUGAUGUCCACAUGCCUCUGUGUCCUGGAGCGCGUCCUGGAGCGCAUCCUGUUGUGUAGAGGAUACAUGAUCUGCAAUGAAGGAGUUAUCCAAACAAACAUGUAAACCAGACAACGCGGAGCGUAUUCCUUUCCCAUCGUGUCGGAUGCAAAUAGUAGCAUUUUUAAUGUAAUGCAAUUAAAACCUUGCAGAUUUCAUUAAAACAUGGAGAUAAGAAAAUGGUUCCUUGGUUACAGUUCCACGCUUUUCUUUGACUGGGUUGUGUAAUGCUUCCUCCAUCAGAUCAGAGAUGUUUCUGCAAGAUCCAACUGUCUCCUUAGUUCCUUGAGGACAUUUGAAUUCUGAUUCCCUUGUUUUGUUUUAUUGCUGGUUGGUAAAUGACAGGCAACAUGCAUCUUGGGGUUGAGGAGCCCAUCCGAGAGUGCCAGUACAAUCAGAUCUGCACACAUAACUCCUCACCCAUGGACACUCCACACACCAAGAAGAAGAAGAUCAAAAGGAAAUGGCAGGUUUUUCAAGGACGAAAUAAGUUUUACUGCAACGGGCGGAUCAUGAUGGCAAAGCAGACUGGGGUCUUCUAUCUUACCAUGGUUCUCAUUUUGGUGACCAGUGGGCUCUUCUUUGCCUUUGACUGCCCGUUCCUGGCAUCAAACCUGACCCCUGCCAUUCCAGCCAUCGGAGGAGUGCUGUUCAUCUUUGUGAUGGGAAUGCUGCUGCGGGCGAGCUUCACCGACCCGGGCGUCCUGCCCAGGGCCACACCAGAGGAAGCAGCCGACAUCGAGAGGCAGAUAGAUACAACUAACGGCCCGAGUGGCCCAGGCUACAGACCACCACCCCGAACCAGAGAGGUGCUCAUUAACGGUCAAACAGUCAAGCUAAAAUACUGUUUCACCUGCAAGAUCUUCCGACCGCCGCGGGCCUCACACUGCAGCCUGUGUGACAACUGCGUGGAGAGAUUUGAUCAUCACUGCCCGUGGGUGGGCAACUGCGUGGGGAGGAGGAACUAUCGCUUCUUCUACCUGUUCAUCCUCUCACUCUCCUUCCUCACCAUCUUCAUCUUCGCCUUCGUCAUCACGCACGUAAUACUGAGGCAGGGGCACUCUGGGGUUGCUAUUUCUAUUUUCCUUGACGGUUGUACUGUUCUGGAAGUGGUGGUGUGCUUUUUCUCCGUCUGGUCCAUCGUGGGACUGUCAGGCUUCCAUACCUACCUGAUCAGCUCCAAUCAGACCACCAAUGAAGAUAUCAAAGGUUCAUGGUCAUCCAAACGAGGCAAAGGCAACUACAACCCCUACAGCUACGGAAACUUCAUCACCAACUUCUGCGCUGCACUGUGUGGACCUCUGCCACCGAGCUUGAUUGACAGACGAGGUUUUGUCCAACCAGACACCCCGCAGCCUGCGGCCCAGACAAACGGCACCGGCGCCUGCCCCUCUAAUCAAGUCCAGAGUCACAUGUGUGCUCAAGACCAGUGCAUUCAGAGCACCAAAUUCGUUUUGCAGGCCGCCACCAACCCGCUGCUCCACAGUCAGACGGUCAUUCUGGGCGGAGGCGCACCCCUUCAGGCUAAGACCUCUCUGGGUGGCCCGUGCUCCACUCUGGGCCCCUCUCAGCCCUCGCUGCCCUCCUCUAUCCCAGGCCUCAGCUGUGGAGGAGAGCUGAUGGCCCUGCGAGACUCUGAGAUCCACUGUCACCAUCACCUACACCAUCAACAUUUCAUCAGUCCGGAGGAGAUGCCCUCCCCACCCACAGCUCUGCCAUGCGCCACCCACCUGGGUCACCACGUUCACCCGGCACAGCUCUUCGACCCCGCCAGCCAGGACUCGCUCCAUGAAGACUCUGUGCGGGGUUUGGUAAAGCUGAGUUCAGUGUGAGCUGUUUUAAUGCCGUCCUGCUGAACUGGACCACAAGCCAUACGGUACUUUACACACACAUAACAGCCUCUACUGGACGUUUCUAAUAUGUAAUGGAGGCAGCCGCCCUGAACAAUUUCCUGAGUACCAAGUGAGGACCAAAGCUAGUCUUCCAGCUCUAUUAUUACUCAACCAAGCUAUUUAUUUAAGGAAGCUUAUUUCCACCACUGAAUAAAAAUACAAAAAUGGUAACUGCAACCU